AGCCCAGGUCUGAGGAUCAGGAGUGCAUUGGAGAGUCAUCUGAAGAGAAAAAGCGAGUCGAGACCACAGUGAGGGAUCGUGCCGAUGACGCAGGAGUGGCUCCAUAAAGUGAUCGCGGGCUUGGGGCCAGGUUGAAAUAUUCAAAUUCUGGAUUCAACAACUUGUCCUGAUUGUCCUUGGCCUGAUCACGUGCUAAUCAGGAUGUACUCUCACUUCCACAGUCUAGGGUCAGGGGAUUAAUCUCAAGACUUGAGGGGCACCCUGAUGACACCCUGGAGACGAAUGAAUUCUUGGAUUCGACAUGAGUGCCCCCACCCCCCAAGUGCAAAAACAAAAUAAAUAUUUAAAACGUGAUAGUGAAUAAUCUCGUGAUUGUGCAUUUCUAACCUAGACGAUGAUAAAAUCAAUUGACUGUGGAUGAUGUGCCGGACUAAUAAUCAGUGAAGGACAUUUGUUGUGGUUUAUUUAUUUGUAAAAAGGGGUGAACGAUGCCGGAGAAGGAGGUGGCCUACCACCAGGAGGCAUUUUCACUUUUACCGCCACCACCGCCACAUCAUCCACAUUCGGCAUUUCAUGCGGCAUUUCAUCCACAUCCACAUCAUGGACCACCUCCACCGCCUUUUCAUCCCCAUCAUGCACCACCGGGUUCUCAUCAUCCGGCUGUGGCUGCGGCCUGGGAGCAUCAUGCCGCUGCGGCUGCUGCGGCUGCUGUAGUUUUUCAUGCACCACCACCUCAUCCAUUAUCGAGUGCUGGAGCAGGUAGUCCAGGGAGUUGUGGUGCUGGUGGUAAUUCAGGAGCUGGAGAGGUAGCAGGAGCGCCAGGCGCAGCGCCCAGCAGUGGCGCUGCUGCCAACGGCACAGCAAACGACUUCUUCCGGCGUAGUCAUCCACUGUCGGAUCAUACGCCCUUACAUCCUUAUCGUCUCAACUACAUGGACCACCUUUAUCACACACUCCAGGCCUCCACGCACAGUCCUAACGCCUCUCUACACGGACUGGGUGGAUUGGGGCCAGAGUACCUGCUGCAUCCUGCUGGACCUGCUAGCACUCUCGCUUCUUCCGAGUUUCCGUUCUCCAUUGACGCUUCAUCUCGACUGGGCAGCCCACGAGCCUCGGCAAUCCGGGCAAGUCGUAAACGCGCCCUGAGCAGUUCUCCAUACUCCGAUCGCUUUGACAUCGACAGUAUGAUUCGCUUCAGUCCCAACAGUUUAGCAACAGCAAUAGUCAAUGGCUCACGAAGUAGCAGUGCCAGUGGCAGUUACGGUCACUUAUCCGCAGCAAUGUCUCCAGCCCUGGGUAUGCAUCCAGGAAUGGCGCCGCAUUUGCAGCAGCUCCAGGCGCACUUUCUCCGUAGUGCAGCAGCUGCAGCACUCCUACCCCAUCCACUUCAGCCAUCACCACCACCGCCACACCCCCACAGCCACCCACACAGCCACGGUCUGACCCCUCACAGUCAGCUAUUUACGGUGCCACACUCAUCCGCCUCGACAAUAGGACCACACGAUGGAGGACUACCACCUAAAACCGAUCCAAAUGAUACCUGCAGACGUGCCUCGGAGUCCUCGAACAGAUCGAUAUCAGCUGAGGCUGACACGUCCUCCAGGAGGCACACUAAAGUCAAGAGAGAGCCAGCCACAACGACAACGACAGCAGCUGUCACUCAUCCCCAGGGGUUGAGUCCCAGUGAGGAUCUGAGGGAUGAGCCUGGUGACUUCAUCGAGACCAACUGCCACUGGAGGGACUGUGGCCUUGAAUUUCCCACUCAGGAUGAUCUUGUAAAGCACAUCAAUAAUGAUCACAUUCAUGCCAACAAGAAGAGCUUCGUAUGUGGCUGGGAGGAGUGCUCCAGGGAGGAAAAACCAUUCAAGGCCCAGUACAUGCUGGUGGUGCACAUGAGGAGGCACACUGGUGAAAAACCACACAAGUGCACAUUCGAGGGCUGCUUCAAGGCGUACUCCAGGCUGGAGAAUCUCAAGACCCACUUGAGAUCUCAUACUGGUGAAAAACCGUACACCUGUGAGUAUCCAGGGUGUAGCAAGGCCUUCAGCAAUGCCAGUGACAGGGCCAAGCAUCAGAACAGGACGCACUCCAAUGAGAAACCCUACGUCUGCAAAGCCCCAGGAUGCACAAAACGCUACACCGAUCCGUCCUCACUGCGAAAGCACGUGAAGACAGUUCACGGGGCUGAAUUCUACGCGAAUAAAAAGCACAAGGGUGGUGGUGACGGUGGUGGAAGUGAUGAGGCCGGUGCAGGUGGUAAUUCACCGAGCAGAAGUGAGGAUCUUCAUCCGAAGACACCAAGCCUGUCCUCACCGUCUGUUAAAUCCGAAUCAGAGGCUAAUAGUCCACCAGGUAUGAUUCAGCAGCAGGGUAGUCCUCUAGUGGGUGGUUGCACCGAUGAAAUGGGAAUGACAGUGGAUGGGGUGAUGCUGGGAGAGGACAACUGGGUGGAGGAGUCUGAUGAUCUCGAUAUUGCGGAUCUACCGGUUGCCCUGAGGGCGAUGGUGGGUGGAAUUGAGACUCAGCAGGCGCCUCCACCUUCGAGGAAUCGAAUGAAGGGACGGCUCAGUGCAAAACCUGUGCCAUCGAUUAAUGUUGGGGGCAGGGGAAGAGUUGUGGGACCACAGGGGAACAUCGGUGAGCUCAAUAGGAGAAUCACAGAUCUCAAGAUGGAGGGCAACAGGCAGACUAGCCUGUCGGAUCUUCAGUUGAGGCUUCAGCCUCUCAGCGAACCUAGGAGGGACUCCAACAGCACUGUCAGCACUUAUUAUGGCAGCAUGAGGUCCACUGAUUUUGGCAGCAGGAGGAGUAGUCAGGCUAGUGCUGUAUCAGCUGCUAGAAUUGGUCCUGCUGGUCCUGGCAGCUUCUACGAUCCCAUCAGUCCUGGCACCUCCAGGAGAAGCAGUCAGAUGAGCACUUUCUCGGGGAGGAAUAAUCAGGGAAUUCAGGGCCAAUAUUCUACCAGCAAUCUCGUUGUUCAAACGCAGAAUAUGUCGAUUCAGGGUGUUCAGGGUGGAACGAACGAGUGGAGCUCGUCGACAGGGCUGCCUCAGCCAUCUGGAGACAGGAGAAUGUCAGAACCCACCAGGGGAUACCAGAGUCAAAGAAUUUCACCACCUGUACCACCUAGACCGAGAUCAGCGCAGUUACCUGAGUUGCAUCCUAAUCAGGAAGUGGUGCUCGACGAGGUGGGAGAGGGAGAAAUGGUGGAGAACAAGUUGGUGAUACCUGAUGAGAUGAUGCAGUACCUGAACGAGGUUCAAGCAGGUGGCAAUCAGGUCAGUUAUCGAGGCAGUCCCCUGCCAAUCUGCCAGUCGCCAAUCUGCACAAAUCCCUUGCACUAUCAACGCCAGCAACAGCCUCCUUGCACCUACUCUCCUCAUCCCACUCAUCCAUCACCCCCUCAGCCCUGCUAUCAACCACCACAACCCCAAAAUCCACCCUGCCAGAAUUACCAAGCGCCGUCACCCUCAUACUCCCACUGUCCUUCGUCAAGAAUAUCACAGACAUCCACCUACUAUCCCCAGAACAACUGCCCCCAGAUGCAGCCAAGCCCAGCAAGCCAAGUUAUGUCACCAGGAUCUCACUAUGCACCUAGUCACAUCAGCGAUCAGCCAAUGACUUCACCAGCAGCAGGUGCUCUGCCCCCUCAAAUGAAUUCGCAGAUCAAUCCCCAGAGUCUUCAGCAAAAUUCAGCUCAGAUGUCGAGAAAUUGCCCCCAGCAGAUGAACUACUACCAAAAUUACACCUGCCAGGGUCAAUUGGGGAGCAAUUGUAAUGGCCAGGGGCAUCAGGGCCAGCCCUGUCCAUCAAUAUCCAAUGGCAAUGGCUGUGUCCAGCAGAUGAGAAACUGCAACAUGUCUCACUGUCAGCCAAGGGCACCAGGGCAUGCAGUUGGUGCUGGCUGUGCUCCAGGGCAGCCUCAGUGCCCGAGGACACCUGUGAACGAGGGGAUGAGGACUAUGAGGGAGCAGGAGGCUGGAAUAAAUGGCUUGGGACCGUGUCAGGGAUCCAGUCAGCACUGUCCUGGAAUUAAGGGGCAGAACGGCGUCUGCCAGGUGAAUUGCACUCAUCCAGGUGUCAAUCAGCCCAGAAAUUCAGGACAGGUGACCAAAGGGAAUUGCACACGUCAAACCAACUCUCGAGUCCAGAGCUGCAGCUGUCAGGCGUCAUCGGGCAUUCAGCAGCAUCAGGGACAGCAAAAUCAGUUCACCAAUCCUCAGGGCUGCGGUUGCCAGUGGAAUUAUCAGCAUGAGUGCUACAAUGGUCAUGGCAUGGAGAUACAGUGCAGGGAUAUAAGCCAGUCUCAGGGAUCACCUAUGAAACCUCCUGGGAUGCAGCAGGACUCCUACAGGAGGACACUUGCUUAUGUACAGCAGCUGGAGAAGUGGUCGGGUAAUGCACAGAUGCACGAGACCAAUGUCUCUAGCUCCACUCAUCCACUAUCUCUGCCACAGCCACUGCCUGCUAGCUCCAAUAUGGUGGUCAAUGACAUGACUUCUUCGCUGAGCUCACUUCUGGAGGAGAACAGGUACCUUCAAAUGAUUCAGUGAAGCUAUUUAUUGGGAUUUUUCUUUUUUGGGAAAAAAAUUUAAAGAUUUACCUCGACUUCCGAUAUGUUCAAAUUUCUACACCGGAAAUGACGUCAUUUCGGAAUGGAAAAGGUUGAUUUUUUUAAACCGGAAGUGACGUCAUUUUGGAAAACCGGAAGUGAUGUCAUUUUAGUAAACGCGGAUGUGACGUCAUUUUGUCGAACCGGAUGUGACGUCAUUUUAUCGAAACCGGAAAUGACGUAAUUUUGGAAAAACCGGAAGUGACGUCAUUUUUUAACCGGAUGUCGAAAAUUUUGAAACCGGAUGUGACGCCAUUUUGGUAAAAGAGGAUGUGACGUCAUUUUUUAACCGUAUGUCGAAAAUUUUGAAAACGGAAGUGACGUCAUUUUUAAUCGGUAGCGAGGUAAAUUUUUAAAAACCCGAAAUGAUAUUCUUAAAAAACGGAAGUCCAAACAUUUUCCAUUUGAGAGAUAUUUUAGAGAAAGCCAAUUUGUAUGGAGUUUGAAAUUUUGAAAAUUUUUCUAACUGAACAUUUUGUAAAAAUAUCUUUUCACUACCUCGUGGUGGCUCACGUGCCUUUUUGUACUCCCAGUGCCUUCAACUUAAUUUAUUACCUAUCAUUAACGAUAAUAGUGGCAGUUAAUGACUGAUGUGGAUGUUGAUUAAUACUCAGUAAUGUAGGAUUGUAGUUUUCAUUCGUAAGAUUCCUUAGGACUUAGCUAUUUUUCUUGAUAGGAAAUUUAAAUCGAGAUUAUUUCGAGCUCAGUGAAGAGUGUACGAUGUACGCUGUGAUAACAGAAGAAAAAGAUACAAAUUUAUUAUUUUAAUGUAGGAUUCGUAAUAAUUAGGGUUAGGAUAAUGCAUUUAUCGUAAUUAAUGGGUUGAGAAUCGGUGAGAAUUUGAGGUCUAAGAAAAUUAUAGUGUAUUAAAUGUUUGAGUUUAGUGAAGAAAGAAAGGCCAAUACUAAUUUUUAAGACCUUGUAGAUAGUGUGAAUGACUUUUUUUCUGUUUCUUUUGAUCUCGCCAUCAUGAGAUUAUGGUUUUUCGAAUGAUUAUAGCAUUCUAGGGAUAGUAUUAUUAAUUAGGUAAAAGUUUGUGCGGAAAUUUUGUACUUGUCGGGUUAACCGCGGAAAUUAGUAAUUAGAUCGAUUGAUGAUCGAAUUGAUCGUUAAUUGUCGUUUAAAUGCCUUCGAUUGUGCCUGAGAGUUAGAGACUUGGAAGUGUCUAGUUUUUUUUUCUAUAAUCUCCUAAUUUUUCACUUUUGUUAAAAUCAAUAAUUUCUCAAGAUAUUUUAUUUUAUUAAUUAUGAGUAGAUGAGGUAGAAUUACAGCAAAAUUAUCUUGUGAAUAUUAUACAUAUCGAGGUGGAGAGAAUUUUAAGAUGCC